AUGGCACGAAGAAGAACCAAGAAACGCACUCAUGUGGGCGCCAAUAAUGGCACUUCCAAAGCCGCGUCUGCAAACCAGACUCGGCGAGACCCAAAGAGCAUGGUGAUUCGCAUCGGGGCUGGAGAAGUAGGACCAAGCGUGAGCCAGCUGGUGAAGGAUGUACGAUUGAUGAUGGAGCCUGGCACGGCAUCGAGAUUGAAGGAGAGGAGAAACAAUCGACUGAGGGAUUAUCUUACCAUGGCGGGACCAUUGGGCGUCACUCAUCUCUUACUCUUCUCGAGGUCGGAGAGUGGGAAUACCAAUAUGCGACUUGGGAUCACACCUAGGGGACCGACCUUACAUUUUCAUAUCGAGAAGUAUAGUUUAUGUAAGGAUAUUAGGAAAGCAUUGAAGCGUCCGAAAGGUCUUGGAAAGGAGUAUUUGACUCCGCCUUUGCUUGUUAUGAACAACUUCAUCUCCAAAGAGACCGACAACGAGUCGCAGAAAAAAGUACCUAAACACUUGGAAUCUCUUACAACAGAAAUCUUCCAGUCUCUCUUCCCGCCUCUCAACCCCCAAACCACACCACUAGCUUCCAUCCGCAGAGUCAUGCUCCUGAACCGCGAAAAGACGGACGACGGGUCAUAUAUCAUUAAUCUUCGCCAUUACGCCAUCACCACCAAAGCCACAGGUCUCUCUCGACCUAUCCGCAGAUUAAACGCAGCAGAAAAACUUCUGCAUUCGCAGAAGUCUGGAAAGGGCAAGAAGGGAGGAUUACCGAACCUAGGAAAGCUAGAAGAUAUCGCUGAUUAUAUGGUUGGCGGUGCUGACGGCGAGGGUUACAUGACGGAUGCUACGAGUGGGAGCGAGGUGGAUACGGAUGCCGAGGUUGAAGUUGUCGAAACGAGAGCGAAGAAGAUACUCUCGCGGAAGAAGAAAGACAAAUCUCGCGAGGACGGAGGUAAACCCAGUGUUGAGAAACGUGCUGUCAAGCUCGUGGAGACAGGCCCCAGAAUCAAGAUGCGCAUGACUAAGGUGGAGGAGGGCAUGUGUAGCGGGAAAGUCAUGUGGCAUGAACGGAUCCACAAGUCAGCCCAGGAGAUCAAGGAGCUGGAUCAGGUCUGGGAGAAGAGGAGGCAAGAGAAGGAAGCGCGGAAGAAGAUCCAGAGGGAGAAUGUGGAGAAGAAGAGAAAGGCUAAAGGGCUGGGUGCCAAGGGCGACGAGGACGAGGAUGAAGAUGAUGAGAUGGAUGUCGAUGAGUGGGAUAGCGAUGGCUUGGAGGGCGAUGCGGAGAUGGAUUUGAAUGAGGAGCAGGAUGAGAAGGGCGAGUGGGAGGAUCAGGAGGAAGAGAUCGCUGCGGGUUGA